ACGGGACGCGUACUGAAGUGUGAUGUGAUUGUUGACGACAUACACAGCAUCAAGGUUGACACGACUACACAGGAACUCUAUCUUCACAAUACCCCGGAAUCGCUAGUUGUCAUUGGCUACGACGAAUUUGGAAAUACUUUUUCCAGUCUCGAUGGUAUCCCUUUUGAAUGGAAAAUACAUCAAGCAAGUGAUCAGAGCUCAACCAUAAAUAGUAACGGCGUACUUCGUUUUUUGACCUGGACGGAGUCGGAAUAUACUACCCCAAGUCGGAUUGGGCUCCUUGAAGCAGAAGGUAUGCAGGGUUAUAUGCAACUUGUAAGUGGCCUCAGGACUGGAUCGGCCGUGGUCAGUGUGGUGCUUCGUGAACCUGCAUAUAGUCACGUCAAACCUGCUAAAGUUCGUUUGCUAGUCAUGGCAAAUGCACAGCUUAAUCCUCCCGUUCUUUACGUAAUGCCUAACUCGAUUGCACGCUUCCGAGUUAACGUUGUGCGGCAAGACGCUGAUGAAGAAAUUUCAAUGCCAUCGCCUCAAUAUUAUCUAUCCGUUUCCGACGACAGCAUCGUUGAGUUAGAACCUGAAACUGGCGCCGUGAUAACUGCUCGAAAGUGUGGCCAGACUACUGUUACCCUUCUAGACCGAAAUGUUGAAGAAGCCAUCCACUUGUUGGGAUCAAAUCCUUCUGAUUCGAACGAUACAGAAACCCAGCUUCUAUCUUAUCAUCGGCGCCCAACGUCAAUAGUCUUCGUUGUCGAACCAGCUUACUUCCGUUUCACCGUUCAACCAGUAGGCGAUGGGGCUCAAAUAUGUGUCUCAGCGGCCCGUCAUUCGUCAUUUUCACUAACAUUUGGACAAGGACUAUAUAAUCACUGGACUUUGGAGACAGGGAAGACUUAUCUUCUUGCACUUGAGCUCUAUGAUCAAAACAACCACCGUCUGUUCCCAUCUGACAACAUCCGCAUUUCGAUCAUGUACCCGGGUGAUAUGUUUAAAGCCGUAAACCGCACAGAAAACGGAACCGUUUAUACGAUUGUACCCCUUAAAACGGGAACUGUUACUUUAAAAGCGAGUCUAGACGGAACAGGCGAAACAAAAUUGUUAAACCAUUUAAUCUCUGGCAGUCAGGAGGUGGUUGUGUAUUCGCCGCUAACAGUGCUUCCAAAACAAUUAACAAUCGCCUGGGAUUUUUCGGAAAAUAAUUCUGAGGGUUAUGCGCUUGCAGCGGUUGGUGGCAGCGGUGACUACGUCUGGACCGUGCUACCCACAUCAAGUCUACCUUUUGCUGAAAUUCAAUCCAGUGGGCUGGAAGUAGUCUCCGUAACUAGUAACGGAGCUUUAUUUCCCAAGGGCCUGGGCUCCGCCGUUGUUGUCGCUUCCGAUUUGCGAAACCCAGAUAUGUGUUCUCAUUCCUCAAUUCGUGUAAAUUCACUGUCGACAGUGAACUUUUCCCCUGGCCGCGCGGAAGUGUAUUUACCGAAACAUCCGCUACUAGCUGACGAGGCCCGCAUAUCCUCUCUAUUGAGCACUCGUUCGAUUUCUGAGGACGUGAAAGACCUGAUUCCAGAUUCUCUUGUUGACCGAAUUCCGCAGGACCCACAAGAAAAAAUGGCCAAAUCGAUUCUAUCUGUGGGUUUAACUGCAAUGGAUACUGAGGGAAAUACAAUAACAAACUGUCAUAAUUUACCAAUCAAAGUGAGGCCCUUAGACUCCUCAAUUGUCAGUGUAUUGCCUGGCGUUUACUACCUUCCUCCCACCACCAAGGGCCUUAAUGGCAGCAAUGUUUGUGCAUUCGUUCGUUUGUUUGGUCUCCGUGAGGGUUUCACAGAACUUGGGGUCUUUUACUCCUCUGGCGAAAGGUCGAAGGAAAAUAAAGUUCCUGCGCGCUUCCCGGUUGCAGUGUACAAAGAUAUCACCUUCUUGGCCGAAGGCAGCGUCAUUGCAGUUGCUGUUGGGUCUUCAAGACGUAUUUCUCAUAUUCAUGGCCCAAAUCCCUGGCGCCUGGAUCCGGGAUUGCAUUUUGUUGAACUGGAUGUUGUAACACAGUCUGGGGGAAAAACAAAGCCCACUGUCCGCCAACAACCGAAACCUCUUGUUUCCCAAAACAAUAAUAGUAUAACUGGCUACUCGUUUAUACUGCGUUGCGAAUCUUCGGGAAGUUUUCAGCUUAAUGUGAUUAUCGGCAACCACCCGUCUUCAACCAAUCCUGUACCUGCCGUCCUAUCUGCUUCCAUUACACUCAUUUGUGACAUUCCCUCGAAGAUCCACCUUGUACCGCAUCUAGUUCUUCCGGCAUUGCCAGAAAACUUCCCUCCAUGCCCCUUUACUAAUCGCUCAUUCGAGGAUUCAGAAGACUUUAUCCCUUUUUCCAAUAACGCUCCACUGAAGAUUGAGAUCGUUUUCGCAGGUUUGUCCGGUUAUGAACUAACCGGAGUUGACUCUAUCAACGCACGGACACAUUUGUUAUCCGAGACAGAAAAAAUAGAUGAAAUCGUUUCUGUACUUGAACCUCAAAUCCUUACAUUUCGGCCAUUCAGUGACGUUGACGUCGCAAGACCUGCAAAUCCAUAUUUAAUCAUAACUCCGCGUACUCUCGGGGAGUCGGCAGGACGGCUGCGUGUUCAAGUUGUUGCAAGUCAUCGGUGGCCAGGUGAACAAUCUGUUGAGCUCGAGGCUACCCUUCCUUUGAAAAUGUCUCCAAAAGUCGAAAUCAAACCACUAGGCGACUUUCAGCUUCUGCUUCACCACGAGGCCGUUGUUGAUAUUCAUCUGUCCCAUGGCUCUGGAUUCUUUCACUUUAAUAUUUUCUCGCUCGAUUCAAUGUCGGCAUUGUCAAAUCAGACCUGUCUUUCAAUCUAUCCUCACCUUGACCACAAAAGUGGUGGCUCUAGAACUCUACGGGAUUUUUCGCUGCGUCCAAAAUGCAAGGGAAAAGUGAUUAUUCGUGUCACCGAUCUAUGCUUUCCCGCUGGACUCGCGUUCCCAGGUGACACUAAGCUGAAACCUGGGGAAAUUGGGCUCGCUAUAGAUGAACGUCUCGUCUCUAUUGUUGGCCUCGGCUCACUUCGCCUUUUUGCUCCUUCUCAACUGGAGCUCCUAUCAAAGGCGCCUGUAUACGUACGCGCUUUCGAUACGGACGGAAAGGUGUUGUCGGCUCGUUUUGCCAGCCUUUUGGAUCUGCGCUUGAUUUCGUCCUCUGAUGGUCAAUCACCUGAAAGCUAUUCUCAGAUAGUUUCUCCCUGUCCGGAUGCACCGCCUGAUUCAGAUAACCUGGGACUGCCACACAGCAUCGUUUCUAGUACUGAUUUCUGGCUUCCCCCACCUACCGACUGCCCUCACGAACUUCCUGGUAUUGCCAGAUUUAAUCUUUGUGGUCAGAGUCUCGGCCCAUCGAAACUGAAGGCCCUCUCUGGCAACGUGACAAGUAACGUAGAAGUCGUUAAUGUCUUUGCGCCAUUAAGCUUGAAGCCCUGUAACUUGAACUUAUUGCUUGGAGCGGCUCACAAAAUGACCACAUCUGGUGGCCCAUCUUCUCGUUCCAUCGCCUUUCAAGUGACUCCUGAACGUGGUGGGAGACCCAACUUACGUACAAUUCAGGUUCAUGAGGAAGGGGAAGAAAGCGGAGUCGUUCUACGAGCUGAGCUAGGUCAAACAGGAAGCGCUACAGUGUCAGCCAAAGCCACGAGCUCUACCGGAUACACUGACCUGGAUACUUCCGAUUUCGAUGCUUGGGGACUCACGUCACCACCUGCAAGUUUAUCAUCUGAGGCAUCCUGCCUGGUGAACGUUGUCGCUCUCGCCGGCGUUCGUAUUGGCUGUUCGCUGCCAACGUCGGACCGUACCAGUGGUAGCCGUACUUUAGUUGCCUCAACCAAUAGUAACUCGACCAUGGGCGGUGUUCCGGUAUGGGCAGAAGGUGUCGCUGCCAUUGAAAACGACCUCGUUGUCACUCCCAUGGGCCUGGCAGAUGUCCAGCCUCCGCUUCACUUCUCCUGGGGUCUCUCUCCGCCUAUGCCAAAUUCACCUGCUCACCUCGUCCACUGGCUGAGUCAACUAAAUGUUGACCCAGACGACAUUAAUCUCUCCUCGGGUAUGGUUCUUGUUGGUGUUGCACCGGGGCAGGUUAAACUUCAAUUGACCGUCUUUACUGAGGGGGGAGCUAGCACUGGUCAACUAGUAUCAUUUUCAUCAGAUGGCCGCGAUGGUUUGCAUCCCGUUAACAAACUCUCUGCUGAAGUUGUCUUCACCAUUGUGCCUCAUCUGCGUCUGCUCAAUCCUCCCCGACAGAAUCCGCGCCUCCUCAUUUCUCCCAACAGCCAAAUUCAACUGAAACUUCCUUCUCAUAUUCUGGCAGAUGGUGGUACCGACUACACCAUUAAUUGCCCAAGCGACUCACCCCCAAGUCUCCUGCAGUUAUCUCCCGGUGGUUUCCUUGAGUCUGGCGCCCAUGGUCGUUGUGACGCCUGGUCGAAUUGGCGUUUGAAGGACUGCAGAUGUCAUCUGCGGAUUGAUUAUAGCAGCAUGUCUACCAGCAGUGUUGGACGUAAAGAACGGACUCUUCAGUCCUUGGCUUUCGAUGUGGUCGUCAAGCCACCUCUCUAUCUCCUUGCUAGAGCACAACCUGGACACCAUAGUUUGUUGAAACCGAGCACCGGUCUUCCUUUUGGCGGACCUUAUCCCAUAAUUUUGUCGUUCCACGAUGAGCUUGGGGAAGCCUUUGAUGCAGUUGCUGAGGAAUUUCUGUCCUUCCGAAUACGUGCGCAUCGUUCUAACUUGCUUGACUACUCCGUUGUCAGUGAUGGAAGUGGUUCACAUCAUCCACUCGGCCGUCUUAUGCUGCGGCUCACGCCUCCACUUCACGCGGACUUGACCACACUGCAGUCAGCCACAACAAUUCAAUUAACAUAUUCAAAUUCUCUGAUGGCAGACGAAACUACCAUCCUCGCCCCAAGCUACCUCACUAUUCCUACAGGCCCCCCGCUUGAUGUCUGCGGUAAUUCAGAACUCACCGUCGGCCAAUGGGCUUGCUUGCCCAUCCUUCCACAAGGCGACGGAAUUUGGUCCUCCAGUGAUCCAAGUCUCCUGUGGAUCGAUAAUCAGUCGCUCUUUAUGCUUCCUCUGCGUGCUGGUCAUGUACAUAUUCAAUUUACCCCCAAAGGCAAAGGGGAAGUACGGACAUCGUUAUUGGGAAAAGUUUUAGUGAAGAAUGUUUGCUCGUCCCCAAACAUGCGUCUUGAAUCAAAAAACUCCGAUUCGUCGUUCAUGUCUGUUGGGCUGGAUUCAUCUCAUGAGGUUUUUCUUCGUUUCGGCCAUUCUUUAACCAAACCUUCAUCCAAUGGUUCAUGCGCUGACUCGUUGUCAAUCACCCGUAUCUCAGACCUUUCUCCCCUAAUGUGUUCCGCUCACCUUGAACUGGGUGGUAUCGGUGAACACCACCAGGCACGGUCAGCCUACCUUCCUAACUGGUUGCGUGCGUUUCUUUUCGCCGAGCGCUAUGCUAUCGACUCCGGUGUGAUUGUCGAGUCCAACAUCGUAACAGCCAUCGCAGACCCCAUUGCCUAUUCCUCGGACUUUCGUGCCCAACUGGUUCCCUCACCAUUGGAGACGGGUAUGUGGACGUGCAUCAUUCGUUCUGGCAGUCCAGGCGACUACCCAAGACUGGCGACUCUUCCCCCUGGUUCUCGACUAGUCGUUGAGGUCCAGGGUGUCUGCGGGACGGCCGUUGAUGAAUCGACUAAGGAGGUCAUCGCAAAGCUCGAUUUGAAACUUGUCCCUGGCUUCAAAGUUCUCGUCCCUCCCCUGCAUUUGUCCCCCACAGAUGGUCUGGUGUUGACUCCACGUGUGCCAAAAGGCAAUCUGCUAGUCUUUAUUCCUCCGGCGACACUGGCUCAAAUGGAGUCAGCGGCAAACAUCGACCAACCACUCAAAGCGCGUUCUCAGCGUCCCGACCUACUGGCCAUUAGUUCCGCGCCAAGACCCGUUCAUUCGGUCAGUCACGUGAAGGCUGCGCUCGAUCGCAUCUCUGGUGAGCACAAUCAAGACGUCGGCGGCCAAGGGUUAGGUGGUCUUCUCAAGAACCUCAGUCUCAUGAUGGAGAACGAGGCUGAAAUAUCUCCGGAACAAGCAUUUGGGAAUGGACUUGUCUGGAUGGUUGGCAUCAAGUCUCUUCCUACGAAGACAGGUGUGGUUUAG